GGCCUGCCCUCACCAAAGAUGGCGCUCGGGAGCUUCCAGCGGGGUUAGGCGCCCGCCCCUCGCGCCUCGCCGGCGGGUCGGGAUUCGCGACCGAGAUGGCGGCGGCGGAGCUGGAGUACGAGUCCGUCCUCUGCGUGAAGCCUGAUGUCAGCGUCUACCGCAUCCCGCCGCGCGCCUCCAACCGCGGGUACAGGGCAUCUGACUGGAAACUGGACCAUCCAGACUGGACAGGGCGGCUUCGUGUCACCUCCAAAGGCAAAACUGCAUACAUAAAACUGGAGGAUAAGGUUUCAGGAGAACUCUUUGCCCAGGCUCCGAUAGAUCAAUACCCUGGCAUUGCAGUAGAGACUGUGGCAGAUUCUAGCCGCUACUUUGUCAUUCGAAUUCAGGAUGGGACUGGACGAAGUGCUUUUAUAGGCAUUGGCUUCACGGAUCGUGGUGAUGCCUUUGACUUCAACGUCUCUUUGCAGGAUCACUUCAAGUGGGUGAAGCAGGAGACUGAGAUCUCCAAGGAGUCGCAGGAAGCUGACACACGUCCCAAAUUAGACUUAGGGUUUAAAGAAGGGCAGACCAUCAAACUGAGCAUUGGGAAUAUGACAACAAAGAAAGGAGGAGCAGCCAAGCCCCGUGCAUCUGGAUCAGGGGGCCUAAGCCUGCUGCCACCCCCACCAGGAGGCAAAAUUGCAGCUCCUCCUAUACCUCCCCCUUCUUCCACUGCCAUUGCCAACCACGUCACACCACCACCUGUGCUGAAAUCCAGUAAUGUGAGCAAUGCAGACAUUCUGUUAGACUUAGAUGCUCCUGCUUCUGCGUCCAAGGCACCACCACCAGCUACCACAGACCUCUGGGGAGACUUCAGCACUGCAUCCAGUGCUAUUCCCAAUCAGGCUCCUCAGCAGUCCAACUGGGUCCAGUUCUGAAUGGUCAAAGCAGUGGAAUGGGACAAACUGAUGACCAAGAGGCUCUAGAGGCAUCAAAUGGGAUCAGAGGGGGCAUGAAACUCUCUCAACUUCAAUCAAAAACAAAUCCGGACAAUCCUUCCUUUUUAAACCAGAUCUUCACUUCAGUCAAAACUUACUAUUUUUGAUUCAGUGAAACCAUUGAACCUAAAGAGAACAUACUGACUCCUGACACAAGGUGGGCAAGGAGGAGAGAGAGGUAUUCUCAUCUCUUCCACCCACUUGGCCGUUACAUGGUACAUUCUAGCUCUCUUUCCCCAUCUUUCUAUACAGGGGAAGCAAGAAUCCUGAAGAAGGUGGGUACAGGAGGAGGCUGGGUAGGUGCCUCUGAAUCUCUUGUCCUUUAAAUUUUCUCUGGUUAGACUGUUGCUUCUUGUGGCUGUUUUCAAUCGUGACUCAAGUCUGCAGCUUGGUCUGCAGUGUUGAGGGCAGCUGCAUUUGGCUACAGCUUGUAAAUGGAAGCUGUAAGGAGACAGGUCUUGCCUCAGCACAAAACCCUCUUUGAUUAUGUCUGUGGUGAGGAGUUAACCUCCCCAUGCACGCACUACUCUUCCUCUCUUUGGUGCAAUUCCUGAUAGUGCUGGGUGUUCCUGUACUCCUAUGGAAGGUAUCAUGCAAGUCCAUGAGCAGACCUGCUGCCAUUGUGCUGUAGCUCUAGGUGGGCACCCCAUCAUGAGGCUCCUUUUGUUUGGCUUGCAGGUUCACUGGAGGAAUUUAAUUUUCACUCCUUUCUCCCUCCCACCCCAUGCAAAGGCCCCAUUGGCACUGAGCUGUUUUAACUGGAAAUAGCUUUAAAAAUAUAUAUAUAUUUGGUAGCUACUUGCACUAGAUGACAACUAGGUGAUCACACCACUCAGCAUUUUGUGUUCCUGCAUCGUUAUCCUGAGCCCUGGCCUUGUGUUGUAACUUGGCACUGUGUUACAAGUAUUGCAUACCCCUGCCACAGAAGGAACUAUGGGGGUGGUAGAUUCUUCUUGGGUGAAGAGACAACCUCCUUCCCCUCUUCAUCUAGCACUUAAUUGGGCAAGAACUGUAUGGUAGGCCCAGUCUUGAGAACUAUGGCAGCAAAAUUCUCCCACUUGUGGUCCUUCUUGUGGCUUCUGAGGCUAACUUUCUAGGACUGUGAGCUGCUUAUUGUAACUAGGAUUUUUUUUUUUUUUUUUUAAUUUUUAAAUCCAAACCACCUCUAUUUCCUGUGUGGUUUAGGGGGUUAGAAAGAGGUAGAAGGCCCUCACUCUCUGCUGUUCUCUUUGGGAGAGUUUCCUAAAGCCCUUUGAUCUAGGCACUACUCUAUUUUCCGCAGCUAUGAAUGCAAUCUGGGGUUUAAGUCUGCUGAUUACUCUGGGCAGAGCCCAGGGGCAGACUGGAAACCUCACACCACUAGCUACGCUCUGUGCUAGCUUUAUCAGUCAGAGUGCCAGCUGGAAAGGUGGUCUCAGUGACUCUUUUACAGCUGUACCCAGUUACUAGAACACUAGGCUUUUGGUACUUCACUGGAAGGUUGCUUCCUGUUUUGAACAUUAAACCAGCAGCAAUGCUUUUGUGACUGGAAUAUGCUCUGCUAGCACACCUAGUGUAAGUUUUCCCUUUGGGCAAAGACUUCCUGGUGAGGCUUUUAGAAGAGUAGUUAGCUGUAUGCACCUUGUACUCACAAAGGUCUUUUUUAGUCUUCUUGCUGCACUGAGGGAAUUCUGAAGACAGUUUCACUUAGACCAUCCCUCUGCAAAGCAAAAAUAUUGAAAAUAGCUCUAAAGCUGCAGCAGUUCCACUUGUGGAAGUGGGGACCAGACUGCUGUUUUUAAGUAGUCAUUUAAUCCUGUUCCCCUGGCUCUCUUGGUGUUCCCCUGCCAUCCCUCCCAUGCCUUCAUAGUCACUUCUGCACUCUCAUUGUAUUUAAACUCCCUGCCAUCUCUGAACUUGUGGGUGGCUAUAAUUUGCUAGCAAAUUCAUGGACUUUUUUUCCUUUUUUUUUUUGCUCAAGUUGUUGUGAGGUCCUGUCAUUUCAACUAUGUAUCAGUUCCCCAAACCAAGAAAGUUCAUGGCACCAAUUAACUAACUAGGAGCCUCUUCUGUAUUGUCUUAGUAUUCUGGAGAUACUAUAUUAUGUAUUUGAAAGGCUGAAAAAACAAAAAUUAAAGAUCUAUGUAUAUAAACCAUAA